CUUAGAAAUUUAUUCAAUUCAACUCUCAAUGCUCCUGAUUACUUAAAUGUAGAAGAAUCGGCAGUUUUUUCAUUCAAUGUAUGGUUUCCGUUUGAAAUUCGUCAAUUUCAAUUAUCGAUUACUUCAAAUG